CCCACACUCCUCACUCACUAACACCUCUCAAGAAUUCAAACCCACCCAAUUUCUCAUCAACAAAUUUCAAACCACAAAAUGGGCGGCCUUUCAAUCACAUCUUCUUCAACACACUCCCACCCCAAAACCCACAAAUUCUUCAUCUUCAUAAACUACAUUCUCCUAGGCGCAUCCUGUAGCUGCAUUUUCCUCACCCUCUCCCUCCGUCUCAUCCCCUCUCUUGUCGGCUUCUUCCUCAUCCUCCUCCACAUCCUCACCAUUGCCGGGGCCUUAGCAGGCUGCAACGCAGCCACCUCGGGCGCAGGCAAAUGGUAUGCAGCCCAUAUGGUGGCCACAGUGCUCACCGCAAUUUUUCAAGGAUCCGUCUCUGUUCUCAUCUUCACGAGUACUGACAAUUUUCUCGGAAACCUCAAGUCAUAUGUCAAUGAAGAAAAUGGGGCCAAGAUCUUGAAAUUAACCGGGGGAUUGUGUGUGCUCAUCUUUUGCUUGGAAUGGGUUGUGCUCACUUUGGCAUUUUUCUUGAAAUACUAUGCUUAUUUGGAUAAUGACAAUAGUGAUCUUGGGGCCAAGAGGAGCUCUAAAGUUCAAGGAGAGGAGCUGGCUUAUUUGCCUUACCAAGUUUAAAUAAUCUUUAUUGAAAAUUGUUGUGUUCUAUGAUUCUAUCUCUUGUUGCCAUUUCUUUGUUCUUUUUAAGCACAGUGUGUGAUGUAGAACUUAUUUGGAGAGUGCUAUUCAUGUUGAAUGGUUUAUCUCUGUGAACAUUUAAUGUAUAAAAAAACAAGAAAAUGUAUUUUUUCUUCUUCA